AUGUAAAUUCAACUUCUAAAAGUGAAUAUCUUUCGUUUCCAUUUAAACCAGAUUUCUAUUGACCUCUUAUUUGGCAGUUUUUGGCUUUUUAAAAUGAAUAUUGAAAUGUUGGAUGAAAAUUGGAUUAUAGAUAUUGGAUAUAUUUUAAGUAAAUAUAUAAAUUAUUAAGCUAUUAAUAAGUAUAAAAAUAAAAUUAGUGUACCAGAAGAAGCUCCAUUUACUGCAUGCGUAAAAUAUGUUUGCGAAUAAUUUAAAGUAAAUCAUGCUACUUCAGCAGUAAUUACUAAUAAUGGUGUUGGAAUAAAUCCUGAAUAAUCAGCAGGUAUUGUUUUAAUUAAUAUAAUAAAUAAAUUUAAAAAGGUAAUGUAUUCUUAAAACAUGGAAGUGAAUUAAAAUUAAUUCCAAGAGAUAGAGUUGGCUAAUAAUGAUAAAUAUAAUUUUUUGUUUUUUAUUAAUAUGUAUUUAGUUAGAAUAAAAUUAUAUAAAAUAAAAAAAAAUGAAAAAAAAAAUUUUUAAAUGUAUAUAUAUAUUUUUUUCAAAAUAUACUAAAAAUAAGAUAAAUAAUGUAUAUAAAAUAUAAUUUUUAUAUGA